GUCAAAAAUCCGAAAGCAGCUGUGCAUAUACGUGUGUUUUCAUACAAUAAUUUAUCGAAAAUGGCAUUUUAGGUCACAAUAAACAAUCCAAUUAAAUGUGAAACGCGAUUCAAAGAUGUCGAGCCGCCGUUCGAUACUCGGUUCAGCUCUGGACGCGCUGCCUGCGCCGUCGGAUCCUCUCCGAGAGUUGUUCGAAGCUUGCAAAACUGGGGACGCACCUCGUGUGAAGAAGCUUGUAACUCCUCAAACCGUGAAUGCUAGAGACACUGCUGGCAGGAAAUCUACUCCUCUACACUUCGCUGCAGGAUACGGUCGCAGAGAAGUCGUAGAGAUCCUCAUAGCAGCAGGCGCAGCACUCCAAGCGAGAGACGACGGCGGCUUGCAGCCGUUACACAACGCUUGCAGCUUCGGCCACGCCGACGUCGUCCGUGCCUUGCUGUCAGCCGGAGCGGCGCCGGCGGCGAGGGACAACUGGGGGUACACGCCGCUGCAUGAGGCCGCUGCUAAGGGAAAGGUCGACGUCUGUAUUGCACUGCUGCAGCAUGGCGCCGACCCAAACAUCAGGAACACAGAAGGGAAGACUCCGUUAGACCUUGCAGACUCGGCUACCAGGCCUGUGCUCACAGGCGAAUACUGCGCCGCCGACGUCCUAGAAGCCGCUCGUUCAGGCGCCGACGAUCGCCUAGCAUCGCUCCUAACUCCGCUCAAUGUGAACGUCCACGCACACGACGGACGCCGAUCCACACCUCUGCACCUGGCGGCCGGAUACAACCGAGCGCGUGCUGUGCGUUUGCUGCUGGCACGCGGUGCCGACGUGCACGCCAAGGAUAAGGGCGGCCUAGUCCCACUCCACAAUGCAUGUUCCUACGGCCACUACGAGGUGACGGAGCUGUUAGUCCGGGCGGGCGCAGACGUCAACGCUACCGACCUAUGGGCCUUCACGCCGCUUCAUGAAGCCGCUAGCAAAGCUAGAUUGGAGGUUUGUUCCCUACUAUUGAGCGAAGGCGCGGAUCCUACUCUUCUGAAUUGCCACGGCAAGUCGGCACUCGACGUGGCGCCUACAAGGGAACUUCAGGAGAGACUAGCCUUCGAGUAUCGCGGUCACUGCUUGCUAGAGGCAUGCCGACUCGCGGAGCCCACCCGGGUCAAGAAACAGCUGUCUUCCGUUAGCGGGCAACACCAACACCAGUCUUCCCAAGCAUCAACGAGCGGCAGCACGCACUCCCUCCCCCCACCUCCCCCGGAAUGCGGCGUGGAGGCGCUGGUCAACUUCACGCACUUAGGAACGGGAGACCGGCCGCUACACUGCUCUGCUGCCAGCGUGUAUCCUAAGAGGAAGCAGGUCAUGGAGAUGCUAAUCCGCAAAGGUGCCAGAGUGAACGAGAAGAAUAAAGAUGGACAGACGCCGCUACACGUUGCUACCGAACACUCGCACUUGGACGCCAUGGAUCUGCUGCUGAGGCAUGGAGCAAAAGUGAACGCGUGCGACGCCCGCGGCGAGAGCGCUCUCUCCUUAGCGGCCCGCCGGGACUCCGCCGCGGCCUGCCGCCUCCUUCUAGCGUGCGGCGCCGACGCCCGGCCCGACGCCCACCACCCGCCCGCCGAUGCAUGCGCAAACGCAGCGGCGCUCCGUCUCCUCGAAGCGGCCAGAACGGGCGACGUCGAAACAGCCCGCAGCAUACUCUGCUCGCGACCGAGACUAGUCAACUGUCGCGACGAGGACGGCCGCCACUCCACGCCGCUACACUUCGCCGCCGGAUACAACAGAUUACCUCUAGCGCAACUGUUAUUACAAAGAGGGGCGGACGUCCACGCUAAGGAUAAAGGCGGCCUAGUCCCACUCCACAACGCGUGUUCCUACGGCCACUACGAGGUGACGGAGCUGUUAGUCGCCGCUGGCGCCGGCGUCAACGCAGCUGACCUGUGGCGCUUUACGCCGCUGCACGAAGCCGCUGCCAAGGGCAAGGCGGACAUCGUACGGUUACUGCUCAAGCAUGGUGCGGACCCAACAAGAAGGAAUCGCGACGGCUUAACUCCCCUACAGUUGGUGCGAGCGGGAGACAGCGAUACAGCCGACGCGCUGAGGGGAGACGCGGCACUAUUGGACGCGGCUAAGAGAGGAGACUUGGCCAGAGCUAGGAAACUAAUAACGCCACAAAACGUGAACUGUAGAGACGCACACGGAAGGAAUUCCACGCCUUUACAUUUAGCUGCCGGCUACAACAACUUAGAAGUCGCCCAAGCUCUUUUAGAGGGCGGGGCGGGCGUUUCCGCGCGAGACAAGGGCGGGCUGGUGCCGCUCCACAACGCGGCUUCGUACGGGCACCUGGAGCUUGCCGCGCUACUGUUGCGGGCGGGAACGCCGCCCAACGCCGCCGACAGAUGGGGCUUCACGCCGCUACACGAAGCAGCGCACAAAGCGCGGACGCAGCUAUGUGCUUUAUUGCUAGCGCACGGAGCGGACCCGUAUCUCAAGAACCAAGAAGGACAGACGGCUCUCGACCUAGCAGGCGCGGAGGAUGUCCGCUCAUUAUUACAGGACGCGAUGACCGGCGCCGCCGGAGACGCGCCGCCGCCGCCGCCGCCGCCGCCGCCGCCGCUGCCGCCGCCGCACCACCCUGUAUUGAUGCCUAGCGGGGACACUGUGCCUUUGGCCUUACCUGUGGUCCCAAGCAACUACUGGGCGGAGGGUUCCCGGGGGAGCUUAGAGGACGCGGCGGGACGCCCCGCGUCCGCUCUGUCAACUUCGGAGUCGCUACAGACUUUCCUGUCAAGCAUCGGCUUAGAACAGCUGGCGUCCAUCCUGGAGCGGGAACAGAUCACAGUGGACAUCCUUUCAGAGAUGUCUCACGAGGACCUGCGAGCGGUGGGCGUGCCUGCGUACGGACACCGGCACCGCCUGCUUAAGGCGGCGCGGCACUCGCGACACGCGGCGCACGAAUGGUACGGCGGGACAACACUAGUUGACGUCACAGCGGCAGCGGAUGGUGCGUGCGAGAGUGAGUUCGCGAUAGUAGAGCGAGAGAUGCAAGCGUCCGUGCGAGCACAUAGAGAACACGCUGGAGGAAACUUCUCACAUUAUAAUGUUGUUAGGAUACAAAAGAUAGUCAACGGCCGCCUAUGGGAGCGGUAUCAACAUCGGAGACGGGAAGUGGCGGAAGAAGCGGGAGCGGCCGGCGAGCGGAUGUUAUUCCAUGGUUCCCCCUUUAUAAACGCCAUCGUACAGAAAGGCUUCGAUGAGAGACACGCUUACAUAGUCAACGGCCGUCUAUGGGAGCGGUAUCAACAUCGGAGACGGGAAGUGGCAGAAGAAGCGGGCGCGGCCGGCGAGCGGAUGUUAUUCCAUGGUUCCCCGUUUAUAAACGCCAUCGUACAGAAAGGCUUCGAUGAGAGACACGCCUACAUUGGCGGCAUGUUCGGCGCGGGUAUAUACUUCGCCGAGCACUCGUCGAAAAGCAACCAGUACGUGUACGGCUUCGGCGGCGGGUCCGGCUGUCCCGCGCAUAAGGAUCGCAGCUGCUACCUCUGCCACAGACAAAUGCUCCUCUGCCGCGUGACGCUCGGGCGCGCGUUCCAACUGAUGAGCGCCAUGAAGAUGGCGCACGCGCCUAUUUAA